AAGCUACGUGCUUGACGUCGGGCUCCCGGCAGCCUCGCUGUGAAGGUGAUGAAGGGGGUGAGUUUAGCUGCCACGGGGCGGGCGUCCGGCGAGACGAACCCCGCACGGCUGGGCUGAUUGGCCGCCCGGAACUCCUCCGCACCUGGUCGUAGUCGCGCCACUCUUUCCCUCACCUCCGGGCACUAGGGCCCAGUACAAUGCAGACGAGCGAGUUUGACUCAUCAGAUGAAGAGCCGGUUGAAAACGAACAGACUGCAUUUCAGGUAUCAUGGCUACCCUUAUCCCUUGUGAAUUGUUCUCAGUUUCUAGGUCUAUGUUCUCUUCCAGGUUGUAAAUUUAAAGAUGUUAGGAGAAAUCUCCAAAAGGACAUGGAAGAACUAAAGAACUGUGGCAUACAAGAUAUAUUUGUGUUCUGUACCAGAGGCGAGCUGUCAAAAUACCGGGUACCAAACCUUCUAGACUUGUAUCAGCAGCAUGGAAUCAUCAUUCACCACCAUCCCAUCCCAGAUGGAGAUACUCCUGACAUAGACCGAUGUUGUAGAAUCCUACAGGAACUUGCAGUCUGUCUUGAAAAUAACCGGAAAACCUUAAUACAUUGUUAUGGAGGACUUGGGCGAUCUUGUCUUGUAGCAGCUUGCCUCCUACUGUACUUAUCUGAUACGGUAUCACCGCAGCAGGCAAUUGACAGCCUUCGAGAUUUAAGAGGAUCUGGGGCCAUACAGACCAUAAAGCAAUAUAAUUAUCUCCAUGAUUUCCGAGACAAACUGGCUGCACAUCUGUCAACAAGAGACUCAGUAUCAAGAUCUGUAUCUAGAUAAAGAACAAUAUCAAUUUACCACACAUAAAUAAGAUCCUUUCUGAACUUUUAUAUAGUCGUCAUAAACUGUUAGCAGUAUAACCGAUUCAAAUGAGAACAUGCCUGUACAGAUACAUCCCUAAAGCUGUUUUUUGACAGUUUUCAUUUCGUCUUCUUACUUGGGGAUAUUAGAUGCAUAAAAAUGUCCUUCCUGUAAAUGGGCCUCUUGUCUGUUUUAUAUGGGUACUGUAUUGUAAGACUGCAUUCAACAUCAUUUAGAUAUUUGUCAUGUAGUGCUAACUAGUAAGACUUGAAGUCUUCCUGGCCCCUGACAUCACUAUGUAGUGCGUGACUACAAGAAGACUACCUUGGUUCUUGAUCAAUAAAAAUCAGUUGUUUUUAAUGGUCUGUAUCCUGAUUUA